CAUCAUCAGACUUUCAUCUUCCCUCUUAUCACCAAUUUAUCUUUCAAACUUUAUAUAUCCUCAACUCAUUCUUAAAAACUAUUCCACUACAAAACCAUAACUCCCAUUCCAAGACUUUAUCAAUUUCAACUUUUUACUAUCAAAAUGACAAGCUUAGAAAUCAUGAUUCUCGGUAGUGGAACUUCAAGUCAAGUACCAGUCAUAAGUUGUUUAAUUUCAAAAGAUAAAGCUUGUACUUGUUGUCUUUCAACUCGUUCACCAACCGGUUCAAAAAACAUUCGUCGUAAUACUUCUGCAAUUCUUCGUAUUACCAAUCCUUCAAAUCAAUCUACUCAAAAUGAUCAAAAUCCUAUGACUACUCCCAAAACUAUCUUGAUUGAUGUUGGUAAAAGUUUUUGUGAAGCUGCUCGUCAACAUUUUCCAAUUAAUGAGUUAUCAACUAUUGAUGCUGUUUUACUUACUCAUCCUCAUGCUGAUGCUAUUAACGGAUUGGAUGACUUAAGAGCGUGGACGUUGGAUGCUGUCAUACAACCCUCGAUACCUAUCUAUUGUGACAAAUUCACAUUUUCAGAGGUGGAACGUAUGUUUCCAUACAUGGUCAACUCGGCAAAUGCGACUGGUGGCGGCGAUGUACCUGCCUUCCAAUGGAACAUCAUUGAAGAUGGACAACCUUUUGACCUUUUUGGAGUCCGUAUCUCGCCUCUCAAAGUUAAUCACGGCUGUUAUUUUGGUCCUACCGGAGCCGUCGAGGGUCCAUAUGGCUGCCUGGCCUUUCUCUUCGACCGUUCAAUCUGCUAUAUGUCUGACGUUUCAUCAAUUCCAGAGUCAACCUACGCAGCUCUAGGCGUUUUGCCUCCUACAUCCUCUACAUCCUCACCUGCUCCUAUUCACUUAUCACCUAAUAUGGCCAUAGAAGGAUCAGAUACGGAUUCUGAUAUCACUCGCUCUACAUCACCCGUUUCUACUGCUGCCACUUCUCUCGACUCUGAACCUAUACCUAUGGGUGUUCCACCUCUGCCUAUACUUAUCAUUGACACAUUAAGACUCAAGCCUCAUACUUCGCAUUUCGGAUUAGCCGAAGCGGUAUCAACUGCAAGUCGCUUAGGUGCUCAACGAACCUAUCUUCUGGGUUUUACUCAUGGAGUCACACACGAAUGUUGGGAAAAGGCAUGUGAGGCUAUUGGAGAAGGAAGAAUUGCUAAUGAGAAGACAAAUGAAGAACAUACAAAAGAGAUUGAAUUAGGAAAUCAUCCAGAAGAAUUCACUCAAGAAGCUCUUCGGAUCGUUGGAGCUAUGAACCCGAUUUGGGUUAGACCUGCAUUUGAUGGAUUAUGGGUUAGAACAGAUGGAAAGACCAGUUCAGAUGAUUUUUACUAAAAACAGUUUUGUCUUCAUUUUUGAUUUCUCAUUGCGUGUGCUAUCGCGUAGUUUUUCGGUUUUUUUAUCAUGUAACAGAGUGUUUCUUCUUUUUGAUUUCAAUUACUCUUUUUAAUCAUCUUCUUUUGUUUGAAAUCUUUAGAUCCUUUGAGAGUUUUUUUUCUUCUACUAAAUUUCAUUACGAUUGACAUUGACAUUGCAAGUUUUCUUGAAGAUGAUAGAUUUUUUUUACCCUUUCUUUCAUAAUAAUUGUUUUCUUGAUUGAUUUUUUACUUUGCAAUAUUGAAAUAGUUUUUGAAACAC